AUGAAUCCAAUUUAUAAGAAGUAUUCAAUAUUAAACUACUUAGCAUUCAAUUAUGCUGGAUUUGCUUCUAUUGCGAUUGUGGUAUUUUUAGUAUCAACUCAACCAUUUUAUAUAAAAGAAGUUAUUGGCAUUGAACCUCAACCUGGAACAACAAAAGAUCAAAAAAUUGGUUAUUUAAUUGGUUUAUUAGGUUUCUUCGAUGAAACGACUUCAAUGAUUUCAGCUCCAUUGAUUGGUACAUUAAAUGAUAAAUUAAAUAGAUUAAAUUAUAGUGGAUCUAAAAUUAUUCAAAGUUCAAGUUUUUUAAUAUUGUCAAUUGCUUUAUUUGGUUAUGGUUUUAUUAAUUCAAGGUUAGUUCCUGAUAUGUUUAUAUUUAGAUGUGUUUUUGCAAUUGGUGUAACUGGAGUUAUGAGUAUGAUAACCGUUUUAUUAAAUGAAUUGACGUUAUCGGAUUUUGAACUUAGAAAAUUAUUAUUUUGGAAGAACCUGGUUGAGUAUCAGCCAGUAGAUGAAAGCAAUCAAGUGGAUGUCAAAACGAAUGGUAAGUUUAGUGCUAUAAUGGGAGUAAGUACUGGGUUAGGUGCAAUUGUAUCAGUUUCUGUAUUAGUCACAUUACCUGUAAAAUUGGCUAAUUCAUGGGAUAUAGAUAUGAAAUGGGGGUUAAAAUAUUCAUAUUUAAUUGUUAUGUUUUUUGCAAUAAUUUCAUUUGCAAUGUUAAUGUUGUUUUUAUACGAUAACAAUAAGAUUCCACAGCAAGAACUAACUUUGGAUGAAGAAAAGAGACCAUAUUUGGAGAUAUUGAAGCAAGGAAUUGAAUUUUCAAAACACAACAAACAAGCUCAAUAUGCUUACGUUGGAGCACUUGUUGCUAGAUCGACAACAGUUGCCACAUCGAUGUUUAUUCCGUUAUUAGUUUAUAAUUGGUAUUAUAACGUUGGUGAUUGUAAAAUAGGAAAUGGAAAUUGGGCAGGUAAAAUAUCAUGUUAUGAUGGUUAUAUAUUCUCUGCAAUUUUAACUGGAGUUGCACAAACUAUUGCUUUAGUAUCUGCUCCUUUAUGGGGUUAUUUAAUUGAUUCUCCAAAAUUUGGCAAAUUUAAAACAUUAGCAUUAUCAGGGUUAAUCGGUGCAAUUGGUAAUUUGGGAUUAAGUUUUAUAAAUAAUGAUUUUAAGAAAUACAAUCCAAAAACUUUCACUUGUUUUUUAUUUGUUAGUAUAAUAGGUUUAUCACAGAUUGGGUUAGUUAUCAGUAGUAUGAGUGUUUUAAGUGCUAUAAAUAAUGCUCAUGAUAUAAUGGGAUCAUUGAGUGGAUUAUACAGUUUUAGUGGAGGAAUUGGAAUUAUGAUUAUAACUUUAGUUGGUGGAUUUAUUUCUGAUUAUUGGAUUUUGGGUCCAUUUUUUAUCUUGGGGUUAUUGAAUUUGCUUAUACUAGUCACUUUUUAUUCAUUCAUGAGAGGUGAAAAUUACAAACAAGAUUUUGAAGAUGAAGAUAAUGGAGUACAUAUUUGA